AUGCAGGCACAGGUGCAGUUGCGCCGGCUUCUCCGCCGCGCGUGCACACCUGGAGUGCUGUCGAGUAAUCAGGUCGGUAUGGCGGUUCACGCUCUUCGUCAGCUCGACUUGCUCGACGUGUCCUCGAACUCGCCAGCGCUUAACGCGCUCCCUAUAGUUAGGCAACUGUGCGGCGGCGCUGAUGCACGCUCGCAGGCAAACGUGCUGCACGCGCUGGCCUCUGCUGUCAGUGAGACCUGCGACUUUCGCACUGUGUUGAACGAAGAUCUGCAAAUCACCGUGCAGUGCGUGCAGGCGGAGCUGGUGGAAGUGGCCGACACGCUCACCGCCACUGAAACUGUGUUGGUCAUGGAGGCGCUGUUGAAGUUGAGGCCCUACGUCGGUUGUGACGCCAGCGCGCCGCUCGUGAAUUCGCGGCUGGUAGAAGAGGUUCGGGAGCGGACGAUGGCGCUGGCAAGCGUCGUGGAGCGGCCGGUGGACCUGCUUGGUGUGGCGCGAGUCACUGUCGAAGCCGCCGCCUCACCUUCGGCCUCCGCGAGGGAUGCAGCCCAUGGCGGUGGGCCGAGCGCGAGCAACUUUGAAUGGGCAACGUUUUCGCUUGAGCAUGUUUUGCGCGUGGUGCAGGCCCGUCUCAGCACCUUCAGCAAGCAGGAGCUCAUCUCACUGGUCGACGUGCUGACGGUGCGGCGGCCGUCGACUUCAAGCGACAACGCUUCCUCCCCUUCGCCAUCCUUAUCCUCUGCGCCAUUGAUACCAUUCCACCGUGAGAAAAGCCGCGGCGCGGCUGUUUCGACGGGGGAGGAUGCUGAGACAGCAGCCGAUACGCCGCCGGAGGCGGCCGAUGGGGUCAUGCUGCUGGACGCCAGCCAUCCUCUUAUCCCGGAUCUACUUGCAUGCGCACUUACUACCGUGCCGUCACUGUCUGUCUCGCAGCUGUGCGCGUGGCUCACGCGUCUAACGACGCUCCGACUCACAGACAACGCGCUUCUUCUGGCCGUUGUGCAGGGCCUGGUGAAUGCCGAUGUUCAGCACUUCACGGUGCCUCAGCUGGCCAGUGGCGCCAGCGCGCUCGCAGAUCUUCUUUCGCUGACUUCGGUGCGAGGUCAACCGUGGGCGCAUGCUGCGCUGUGUGUUCGCCUUUACGCACGACUGCUGCACCGCCUCUCUUCAGUUCUCUACGAUGCCGGUCGCAACGACCCCGCCGUCGUGCAUCACGCACGGACACGUUUGCUGCCGCUACUCGGCACGAUUCCAGAGGCGGCCCUGGAUGCAUACAUCGACAGCGAUAUGCCAAAACGCGCAGGGCACGUUGACUGGGGUUCUGGGGACAAGUCAAAAGCGGCGGCACAGACCACCGCGGUGCGGGGACAUGUUCUGAACUUGUGUGCCACGCUUGCAAGCGCCAUCGAGAAGUCCGCGUCGGUGUUGCUCCGUUUUAUGGGAGAGCUGUCCUCACGCGAGCAAGCGAACGUCGCCACCGCUGUUUUCUACUGGCGUGUCUACACCCCCUGCGCCACCGACGUGCCCGGUGCGUUGACGGAGGGAGCGGCAUCGCAGCCUUCCAUCCCUUUUGAUCAAGACGGUCAAGUUGCUCUCAAGUCCAGGGAUGUGCUGCAUCGCUGCUCUCCGCUGACGCUGGCCGACAUGGCGCGUAAGCACCGCGCCUUGUGUGGGUUGAUUAUGACCUGCAGCACCGGCUUCACGGCAAGGGACUGUGUGUACGUGCUCAACGAACUCGUCGUGGCGCACUAUACCGAUCAAGCUUUGCAGAUGCGUCACCAACAAGAGCAGCAGGAGCAGCUCCGUCUCUGUUCUUCGGCGGCGGGCUUGAGCAGUGCGCCAGAGACCCAACCUAGCCUGCGUGAGUCUGUUGUGCGUGUUGUCGCAGAGGAGCGGCGAGCCCUCAUGAGAGUGCUCGAUGACCAGCUGCAAGGGCCGCUGCAGAGCACUCUCGGGGAGGUGCACACAUCCCAGCUCGUCCGCUACUUGUUGUCUCUGUCGAGGAUGGGUGUGGGCGCCAAGGCACCCUACAUCACAGUGAUGGGGCACCUGAAGGGACGCUCUCUGUCGAGCGUCGAGCAGGUGAAUGUGAUGGUGGUGGUGGCUCGCCACCACGUCAAGUCCCGUCACGUCGUGCACGGCGUCGUUCGCGCUCUGCCAGAGCUUGGCACGGCGCUGAGUUCUGCUGCGAAGGUGACGUUGCUGAAGAGCCUCGGGCAAGUGAACGGCCAGCGAUUUGUCAAGGCGCCGUGCGAUGGGGCUCUGGUGCCCGGGAAGUUUUUUCCCACACUGGAGGAACUCACGCGCCUCACGCUCCUGCAGCUGGUGUUCUGCUUCAACGGCCUCGUCGAACUUCGCCAGUACGAGAAUCCGGCGGUGCAGGCGGUGCUGGCAGAGAUUGGCAACCGCCUCUGCACACCGCCGCUGCGGCCAAGCGACUCCUUCCGCUCCAUUAACUCCGCAACGUCUCUGGCGGAGUUUCUCGCGUCCCUCUGCCGUUUUGGGGGCCCUACAGACGGGGUCUCGACAGCGUUACUGCUGGAGACGAUACGGACACUGGAGCAGCGGCUUGUCACGUCACGCUCUCUCUUCGUUGACCUCGCCCGGCUUAACUGGUACUGGCCAUGCGUGACGGAGUACUUUCACCUUUCUUCGGUGCUGUGGACCGGCUCUGCGCCAUCAAUGCAGGGUACACAAGGGGGCGCGGUAACACCCGGCGUUGGGCAGUGGGCUUUCACGGUGGAGGAGUGGUCUCAUCUGACGAGCGCGUUCGCGCAGCUGAUCGAAACGGCCGGCGCGCGUGUCGCCGAGCGGCUACAGGACAUUGCCCGGUCGCCGAGCCUGCGGCCAAACACCUUCCUGUGGGGUCAAAUGGUGUGCGGGCUGCGGUUCAGCGGAAUGCCGCCGCGUGGAAGCGCGGAGGAAGAACGUCUGGUGGCAAACCUGGAGCACAAGAGGAUGCUGCCGCUGCUCGGAAACCCGCAGCAGCUGCUCGACAUCACCGUGCUUGCUCUCCACUUCGCUGCGGAAGGACGAGAGGCAGAGGCGGUGCCGGCGCUACGGUUCGUUCAGAAGAAGAUGGGCGCGAUGCGGGUACAGGACUGCUUGCAGGUGUGGUGGUACACUUCGCAACUGUUGUCUGCGCCCACAGCGUCGGCUGCCGCUACGUCAUUGGGCAAGGGGACGUCACCACCACGGAACGGCGAGAGGAAGGUGCCGGUGACGGGGACUGCAUCCUCCGUUACAAUGACGCUGCUGUCGGAGAGAGCUCGUCUUGUGCUGCAGGAGGUGCGUGAUACUGCGAAGGACCAGGUACUCCACGAGGAAAAGGCGACCAUGCAGAAGCUCAGCACUAUGGAGAGGCGGCUGCUGAAGUCCCUGCUGUGA